AUGACCACGUCUGUAGGAGCCAAAGUGUUGGCCGAGGUGUACCGCCUGCAUCACAUUCCGCUGCCGCCAAUUACGCUCCAGGCGCUACUGAAACGCGGACCUGUGGCCAGUCCUGCCAUCGUCGGAUCUUUUCAGACCGACCCACAAGCUCUGACCAAGUGGCGCGAGUUGAAUGCACCCGCUAUUGUCACGUCAGCGCAGCUGUUACACCGAGAAGUGCCAAUCCGCAUUGCACGGCGCAUUGUGGACCUUGAGAAUCUGCCGGAUGAGCUGCCGCAAGCCAAACCUAUUGUGUCUCUGCGUGAACAGCUCCUUAGCAGUUUCCAUCAGCUUAUGAGCUGUCCGCUCCCUGCCAACCUCUCGGAUGAGAGGGACUUUAUAAAUCUUCACCGCAGGAUUCGACAGAAACACGGAACUAUGCACGGCAAUAUCGCAGAGGCGGUACAGGCUCUCGAGUAUGAGCCCCAGGGACUGAGUGAGUCGCUCGAUAACUUCUACAAUUCCCGCAUUGGCAUCCGCAUGCUAGUAGACCAACACAUUGCCGCUCAGACGCCAAAGCCUGGAUUCACAGGCGUUGUCAAAGACGAAUGUUCGCCCGUCAAGAUCGCCCAGGAAAUUGUGGACAAAGUACGUCCGUUGUGGCAGAAGAGUCUUGAUGGCGAGUUACUGCCUGACAUUAUCGUGAGUGGCGAUGAGAAAGCCACCUACCGCUACAUCCCGCAGCAUAUUGAAAUUAUCUUGACGGAGGUGUUUAAGAACGCGGUGCUGAACAGCGUUGCUGCGGCCAAGAGACCGGGAGCUACCGCUCCGCCGCCGGUUAAUGUGCUGGUUUCGGGUGGACCGCACGGUGUGUGCGUCAAGGUGUCCGAUAUGGGUGGAGGCUUGACCCGUGACGAGGCUAACGCUCUGUCGGACUACUACCGCACGGCGACAUCUCCAUCUUUGCGUGGAUAUGACCCUGUCGCGGAGGCCAUAGAGCAACGGGCUAGCGGAUUGAACUUUUCGGAGUCGUUUGGCCUGCGUAUUGCUCAGCUGUAUGCCAAGUACUUUGGUGGUGAGCUGGCGAUCAUGCCCAUGGAGGGACACGGUGUAGACACGUAUAUUUACAUGAACUGCCUCACCGGCGCCUCUAAGCUCAAGUAA